AUGGCUGGGACAAGAAAGAGACGUUCAGCUGUGUUGAGUUACGAGGACUUACAGUGUUUGCUUGAAAGUGAUUCCAAACAAAGUCUGUCAGAUUUGGAUUUUGACACUGAAAACGAGUUAGAUGAUCGUGCCUUGAGUGAUGCUGUUGGAAAUGAGUACAGCGAUGAAGAUGACAGUGCAAAUCAAGAAUUCGUUUGGGAGGACAUGGAGAACUAUAGGGGUCAGAGAGAACAUUUCACGGGCAGUGUUGGACCUCAAGGCCCUGGGAAAGAUGUAACGGAAAUUGUGGACGUUUUAAAGUUGUUUUUCGACAAGGAACUUAUUGAGACCAUAGUCGCAGAAACAAAUAGAUACGCGGAGCAGUUUCUAUGGGGGCGUGAACCAUCAGUGAGGUCGCAUUCUAAGGCAUGGAAACCCAUGACAAAGGGAGAGAUUUAUGUGGUCUUGGGUUUGUUCAUGCUCAUGGGCAUUGUACAGAAACCAACUCUUCAGUCAUAUUUUACAACAAAAAGAGUAAUUUCAACACCGGGAUUUAGAGACAUUAUAACGCGAGACAGACUGGAGCUAAUAUGUAAAUUUUUGCAUUUUGCCAACAAUGAAAACAUCAGCACUUUUGAAGGACCAAAAAAACUUUUCAAAAUUUACCCAGUAAUUUUCCAUCUCAAUAAGAAAUUUCAGGAACUCUGUCUCCCAAACCAGGACAUUUCAGUUGACGAAUCUAUGAAACUUUGGAAAGGCCAUCUGUCUUUCAAACAGUACCUCCCUCUGAAGGCAGCCAAAUUUGGAAUUAAAACUUAUGAGUUGUGUGACUCCACCACAGGGUAUUUAUGGUCCUUCAUCAUAUAUACAGGCAAGGAUACAGAAUUUGACUCCCCCUUGAUCACAGCGGACACCAAAAAAACUUCAGCCAUUGUCCUGAAACUGGUAGAACCUCUCCUGAAUGAAGGUCUGUGGAUGAAUAAUUUUUACAAUUCCCCAACUCUAGCCAGGCUACUGAAGAUAACACACAAGAUUGACUGUGUUGGCACUCUGAAAUUGAAUCGUAAGAAUGUGCCUCCAAAAGUGAAAAACACUAAACUAAAAAAAGGCGAAAUCCUGGCAUGGACCCGUUUCUGUCACAAAGUGGUUUGA